UCCAAGUGGUUUAGAUACAUACAAAUAAAUUCUUAAAGCAAAACCCAUAUCCAAUUUUGCAAUCUAUGCUCAUCUCAUUCACAUCAAAUUUGGAAUAGCAAAAUGAAUUGCAAUUCGCAGAGAAGAGUGGGAAUCAAAUGUGGAAGAAAGCUGGUAGUGUGGGGAUGUUUUGGUAACAAAAAAAAGUCCAAAACGACGAUGGAUAAGCGCAGCAGCUCGGGCAACAAUACCGGGAAGAACAAUUGGCGACAAUUAAUUGGGUCAAACAAUUGGGAAGGCCUUUUGGAACCACUACAAAUCGAGCUCCGACGCUACAUAUUGCACUACGGACAAAUGGCGCAGGCAACCUACGACACAUUCAACACCGAGAAGGCCUCGAAAUUCGCGGGAAGCAGUCGGUAUUCGAAGCAAGAUUUCUUCGCCAAAGUCGGGUUAGAAAAGGGGAACCCAUUCAAAUACAGAGUGACCAAAUUUUUGUACGCAACUUCGCAAGUGAAGGUGCCGGACGCUUUCAUUGUGAGGCCGUUGUCGAGGGAGGCUUGGAGCAAAGAAUCGAAUUGGAUUGGGUACGUGGCGGUGGCGACCGACGAAGGGGCGGCGGAAUUGGGGCGGAGAGAUAUUGUGAUUGCUUGGAGAGGCACUGUGAGAAGCUUGGAGUGGAUUGAUGAUAUGGAGUUUGUUUUGACGUCGGCUCCCCAAAUCUUUGGGCAGUCCAGCGAUGUCAGGGUCCAUCAGGGUUGGUAUUCUAUUUACACUUCCGAUGAUCGCCGUUCUCCCUUUACCAAGACCAGCGUCAGAAACCAGGUUCUCAGCGAGGUGAAAAGGCUGGUAGAGCAGUACAAGGACGAAGAGAUUAGCAUAAUCACAACGGGACACAGCCUUGGCGCAGCAAUAGCCACGCUAAACGCCGUAGACAUAGUAGCAAACGGACUCAACAUUCCAGGCAGCAGGCAGCCAAAGGCAGCGCCAAUUCCAGUGACGUCCUUCGUUUUCGCCAGCCCCAGAGUGGGGGAUUCAGAUUUCAAAAGGGCAUUCUCGGAACUCAAAGAUAUACACGUUUUACGAGUGAAAAACGCAAUGGACGUUGUCCCAAAUUACCCAAUUAUCGGUUACUCGGACGUGGGCGAGGAGCUGGAAAUCGACACUCGAAAAUCGAAGUACUUGAAGAGCCCAGGGAGCUUGAGUAGUUGGCAUAAUUUGGAGGGCUACCUGCAUGGAGUGGCAGGAACGCAGGGGAGUAAAGGAGGGUUUAAGCUGGAGAUUGAGAGGGACAUUGCGUUGGUUAAUAAGAGCCUGGAUGCGUUGAAAGAGGAGCAUCUCGUGCCAGUGGCUUGGCGAUGUUUGCAGAAUAAGGGUAUGGUUCAACAGAGUGAUGGGUCUUGGAAAUUGAUGGAUAACGAGGAGGAACAUGAAUUUUGAUCCUUUAUUUGUUGUUGGUCAUUAACUAUUCAUUUUGCUUCAUUUCUUUCAUUUGGAUUUCUUUUACUUUAUGUAUAAUUAAUGCAUCAUUUCUCUCAAAAUGAAGCAAUUAUUGUUCAUAGCCCCAUUGGAAAUAAAUAUUUAAAGAUUUAUUA